AUGUAUAUGGUACCUGUUAUGAUGUAUAUGGUACCUGUUAUGAUGUAUAUGGUACCUGUUAUGAUGUAUAUGGUACCUGUUAUGAUGUAUAUGGUACCUGUUAUGAUGUAUAUGGUACCUGUUAUGAUGUAUAUGGUACCUGUUAUGAUGUAUAUGGUACCUGUUAUGAUGUAUAUGGUACCUGUUAUGAUGUAUAUGGUACCUGUUAUGAUGUAUAUGGUACCUGUUAUGAUGUAUAUGGUACCUGUUAUGAUGUAUAUGGUACCUGUUAUGAUGUAUAUGGUACCUGUUAUGAUGUAUAUGGUACCUGUUAUGAUGUAUAUGGUACCUGUUAUGAUGUAUAUGGUACCUGUUAUGAUGUAUAUGGUACCUGUUAUGAUGUAUAUGGUACCUGUUAUGAUGUAUAUGGUACCUGUUAUGAUGUAUAUGGUACCUGUUAUGAUGUAUAUGGUACCUGUUAUGAUGUAUAUGGUACCUGUUAUGAUGUAUAUGGUACCUGUUAUGAUGUAUAUGGUACCUGUUAUGAUGUAUAUGGUACCUGUUAUGAUGUAUAUGGUACCUGUUAUGAUGUAUAUGGUACCUGUUAUGAUGUAUAUGGUACCUGUUAUGAUGUAUAUGCCUAAAGAACAACUUCCAUUACACAUGGCUGCUGGUAGGCCUAGUGGAGCUCUUACUAUUGUACAACAGUUAUUAAAAGUAUCCGGAAAAGACUCAAGACUAACCAAAGACAAAGAAAGCUGUAUUGCACUGAUGUUGGCAUGUGAACAAGGAAAUGUGACAGUGGGAAAGGAACUAUUAAACCUACAUAAGGAAGAUCAAGUCAAAGUACAGAGAGCGGAUAAUGGAGAUAUACCCCUCCAUAUAUCAUGUCGGAAAAAAGAUUUAGAAUUUAUCAAACUAUUAUGUGAAAACAGUAGUCCUGUUGAUAUGCAAAAUGAUGAAGGACACACAGCUAUGCACCUUGCCGCCUGGCAUGGAGAUGAAGCAACACUGAAAUAUUUUUAUCAACUUAAAGCCAAUCCUAAUAUCUAUGACAAGCUUGACCGAUCACCUUUACAUAUAGCAGCUGAACGUGGACAUACCAGCGUUGUUGAAAUAUUGGUUGACAAAUUCAAAGCGUCAGUUCUUGCUAGAACCAAAGAUGGCAGUACACUGAUGCAUAUAGCGUCACAAUGUGGCCAUCCAGAGACUGCAAUGAUGUUUUUAAAGAAAGGCGUACCACUGCACAUGCCAAAUAAGGCAGGGGCAGUAUGUUUACAUGCAGCAUCUAAACGAGGCCAUAAUGCCGUUGUGAAAUCAUUAUUACAAAAAGGUGCCUUUGUUGAUGCCAAAACUAAGGUCUGUAUUUUCUUUUCAGACAACUAUACAGCAUUACAUAUCUCUGUGCAAUAUUGCAAACCAUUUGUUGUACAAACCUUGUUAGGGUACGGUGCUCAAGUUCAAUUAAAAGGAGGCAAGGCGGGUGAAACACCAUUACAUAUAGCAGCUAGGGUUAAAGAAGGGGAAAAAGUAGCGGAAAUGUUGUUAAAAAGUGGAGCUGAUGUCAACGCAGCACAAGAGAAUGGUGAGACAGCCAUGCAUAUCGCUGCAAGACAUGGUCAGCUAAAAAUGAUGCAAGCGUUAUUGGAAGAAUUUGGAGAUACACUCUGUCAAUCUAAGACUGGUGAGAAUCCUUUGCAUAUAUCAGUACGACACUGCCACUGGGAGAUUAUUAAUGAAUUAACAACAUACCUAUACCGAGAGAAGUCAAGAGUUGAAUCAGUGUUAGCAAUAAACAUGCAGACAGUGGAAGGUGAAACCCCUCUACAUUACGCUGCAGAAAUCACUAAAGAUAUGAUUCACUACGAAAAUGAGGAUGUGGACACGGUCAAAAUAUUAUUAGAAAAUGAUGCAGAUAUCAACAUCACAACAAAACUAACUCAAGAGACUCCGCUACAUUACUGUGCAAGAGCUGGUAAUGCUGAUAUCAUGCUACAAAUGGUAAAACACUUGGGACCAGCCAGAGUACAGUUGGCUGUCAACAGACAAUCUAAGAAUGGAUGGUCGCCAUUAUUGGUUGCUAGUGAACAAGGUCAUAUCGACAUUGUAAAAAUAUUACUACAGCACAAUGCAAGGGUUGAUGUUUUUGAUGAGCAUGGUAAAGCUGCAUUACAUCUGGCAGCUGAGAAUGGUCAUGUGGAGGUAGCUGACAUACUACUGUGGCAUAAAGCAUUUGUUAAUGCUAAAUCUAAACUGGGAGUCACACCUUUACACCUGGGAGCCCAGAAUGGUUACAACAAAUUAAUAAAACUAUUGAUAGAAACCCACAAUGCAACAAUUGAUGCUUUGUCAUUGGCAAAACAGACCCCAUUACAUAUGGCUGCACAGAAUGGACAACUUGAAGUGUGUGAAACUCUGCUGAAGAUGAAAGCUGACUCCAAUGCUACAGACAUUCAUGGACAGACACCAUUGCAUCUUGCAGCAGAGAACGACCAUGCAGAGAUUGUGAAACUUUUUUUGAAACAUAAACCUGAACUUGUGAACAUGGCAAAUGUUGAUGGUUCGACAUGUGCACAUAUUGCCGCUUCUAAGGGAAGUGUUGCUGUGAUUAAAGAAUUACUCCGUUUCAAUCGCAUUGGUGUUACUACCGCAAAGAAUAAGACUAACGAUUCCACAGCACUUCACUUGUCAGCGGAAGGUGGUCAUAAAGAGGUUGUCAGAGUUUUGAUAGAUGCAGGUGCCUCACCCACUGAGGAAAAUGCUGAUGGUAUGACAGCAAUUCACUUGGCAGCCAAGAAAGGCCAUGUUGGGGUACUAGAGGCACUGAAAGGAACAGUAUCGUGGAAAGCACCAAGUGUUAAAACAGGGAUGACAGCAUUACAUGUAUCAGCACAUUACGGACAAAUUGAAUUUGUCAGAGAAAUGUUACCCAAAGUACCAGCUACUGUAAAGAGUGAGCCACCAAGUGUACCAAUUGAACCCAGUGGUGGCAAAGAUCUUGGUACAGCACACGAGUAUGGCUUUACACCACUACACCUAGCAGCCCAGUCUGGACAUGAAGGUCUAGUGAGGUUAUUACUCAAUUCACCCGGUGUCAUGCCUGAUGUAGCCACAGCUAGGCAGGGUACCAUACCAAUCCAUCUAGCAGCACAAAGUGGUCAUAUUGCUGUGGUUGGAUUGUUGCUUAGUAAAUCAACCAAUCAAUUACACAUCAAAGACAAGCGUGGUCGCACUGGAUUGCAUCUAGCAGCAGCUAAUGGACAUUAUGAUAUGGUAGCUUUAUUGAUUGGACAGGGAGCAGAUAUUAAUACAUUUGAUAAGAAUGGCUGGACGUCUUUACACUUCGCUGCCAAGGCUGGAUAUCUGAAUGUUGUCAAACUUUUAGUUGAAUCAGGAGCAUCUCCAAAGUUUGAAACAAAGGAUGGUAAAGUACCCAUUUGUUAUGCCGCAGCGGCCGGACACCAUGAUGUCUUGAGUUAUUUGAUGAAGAAAGAUCACAAUACACAACAUCUCAUGGAAGAUAAAAGGUUUGUUUUUGAUCUCAUGGUAAAUGGAAAACACAAUCGCAAUAAAUCUAUUGAGGAGUUCAUCCUUGUUUCACCAGCACCAGUAGACACUGCCGUCAAAUUAUCAAAGAACUUCCGUUUACAAUCCACUAAGGAAAAGGAGCGGGCCAAGGAUCUUAUUGAAGCAGGAAUCUUCUGUGAAUUAAUGGCUGUAGACCUGCUUGCCAUUGCAGCAAGUUCUAACAGUGCUGGACAUAUUUUAAGAUCAAUUGAUCAUAGAGGAACACAAUUUUUAGAUGUGUUAAUUGAAAACGAACAAAAAGAAGUCGUGGCGAAUCCAUCUGUGCAACGCUAUUUAUCAGAUGUCUGGAGCGGACAGUUAAAAAUUUGGCCGAAUUGGAAGACAAUAUUGUUGUUCUUUGUCAUGUUGCUUUGCCCACCUGUAUGGAUUGCAUUUUCACUGCCUCUGAAACAUCGAUACACAAAGAUACCUAUUAUUAAAUUCAUGUGCUAUUUGGUCUCUCAUGGCUAUCUUAUUGCAUUGUUAAUAGUAACAUGUGUUAUACCAACAUUUAUCAAUGAGGUGGAAGUGAAUCCAUCAUUGAUGCCCAGAUGGUAUGAAUGGUUGCUGCUUGCCUGGUUCUCUGGUUUGCUUGUGUCAGAGAUAACGAACCCAGCUGAUCGUCAGGGACUUGGGUGGUUACACGUUGUAAACCUUGCAAUUGCAGCGAUUGCCUGCUUCUGUCAUUUACUUGGAUUUGCAUUUUAUGGAACACAAAGAAACGAAAUCAUCUAUGCCAGAAAUUUGUUCUUUUCUACGUGUCUUCUUCUUUGCUUUGUGCAGUUUUUAGAAUUUCUAUCUUUCCACCAUCUUUUCGGACCAUGGGCAAUCAUUAUACGUGACUUGAUGCGCGACUUGUUACGAUUCAUGGUUAUCCUCAGUAUUUUUAUCAGUGGAUUUACGUUACAACUAGCUGCAAUAUAUCAACCAGUGUACCCAGUGUCUAACGAUACUAGUGUAGAAGGGGAUGGUGAUGGAAGUGGUGGAGCUAAAGUCCAAACCCCUCUCGAGACAUUGGUACUACUUUUCUUUUCAUUGUUCGGACUAGUGGAACCAGACAAUUUACCUCCUGUGCAUAGGAAUCCCUACAUCACGCUGACGUUAGUUAAGAUGGUCUUUGGCACCUAUCUUAUAGUGACAUUAAUUGUGUUGAUCAAUUUGUUGAUUGCUAUGAUGAGUGACACUUAUCAAAGGAUCCAAGCACAAUCUGAUACAGAGUGGAAAUUUGGACGUGCUCAACUGAUACGUAAUAUGAACAGAACGUCAGCCACACCAGCUCCUCUAAAUCUAUUUACCAAGCUAGUUACCUACUGUAAAGUUGCCUUUAAACAUAAAGGUAAGAUUUGUAGCAACCAGGCACGGGAAUUUAUAAAUGAAGAAGAAGAGUUAGAUGCUGUGUCUGAUUCCAGAUCUGUUGAUUUAUUGGCGCAUUCCACUGCCCAGUGGUUACGUAGUGUUGUUAGGAGAAAUACACAAGUAGCACCAGAAGGAGGGUUCCUUAGAGCUGGAAAUACCCAUGGACCACAGCGAAUUGAAGAGGUUGUAGAGUGGGAAAGUGUUGUACAACGUUAUCAAGCUGUGCAUUUAACGUCAGAUGACGAUUUUGAGGCUGAUAAAGAAAAAACACGAUUUGAAGAUUUAGAUAAUCCCACAACU